AUGGCGGUGGCCAUCCUCUCUGGUGCCGGCCCUCCUGGGGCUCCCCAGCCCGGGAUGCACCUGGGGCUCCCCACGGGGGCCUUGGGCCCUUGCCCUGGGAGGGCCUCCCGGCUUCAGCGUGAAGAGUGCGCGGUGCGGGGUCCUCGCCGCCUGGUUUGGCCAGAGAUUUCUUCCCCACCCCACCCAGGACGGUUGCGGAUAAAGCUGGUUACUGAUUUUCUGCCCUCCUGGUGGAGAGCUAUCUGGUGCGGCAAACCCAGCACCACAAAUGCUUUGGCCGAGGCUGUUCUGUUAACAUGGGUCUGCAGAAAGGCCCAGAACCCUGCGGAGACAGGCCAGCCGCUUGUAGAGCCGUGUUCGGGGCCAGAGAAGGUGGGGCGGGGGAGCCAGCCUAGGGGGAAAGCCUUGACAAAAAUAACAGGAGUGUGCUGUAGGCUGGAGCAGACGACGCUCAUGAAGGUUCAUUCCACUUCGUUCCGGCGGGAGCACACCUGGAGCCAAGGUGGUCAGGGGAAGGUGCUGCGGGGUCCACACAAAGCAACUGCCAAGAUCGCCCAUCAGAAAGGAGACUGCAGGGUUAACACAUCACCCCUUCUGCUAACUUCCCCUACUCCCCAAGUGACUUUUCAGAUCACCCCUCCGUGUACCCAUGAGAGGCAUUAUGAGCGUUUUGGACGAUGCUGUCAUAAAUGUGAACCAGGAAAGUACAUGUCUUCUAAAUGCACUACUACCUCGGAGAGUGUAUGCCUGCCGUGUGGCCCGGAUGAGUACUUAGACACCUGGAAUGAAGAAGAUAAAUGCUUACUGCAUAAAGUCUGUGACUCAGGCAAGGCCCUGGUGGCCGUGGAGCCCGGCAACCGGACGGCCCCGCGGCGCUGCGCCUGCACGGCCGGCUACCACUGGAGCGCGGACUGUGACUGCUGUCGCCGCAACGCCGAGUGCGCCCCGGGCUUUGGCGCGCAGCACCCGGUGCAGCUCAACAAGGACACAGUGUGCGAGCCCUGCCUUGUGGGCUCCUUCUCAGAUGCCUUCUCUUCCACAGAAAAAUGCAAACCUUGGACCAACUGUAGCGUUCUCGGAGAGACGGAAGUACACCAUGGGACUGAUAAAUCAGAUGUGGUUUGCAGUUCUUCUCUGCCGUCUACAAAGCCACCAAAUGAAUCCAAGAUAUACUUGCCCGGUUUAAUUAUUCUGCUUCUGUUCAUAUCUGUGGCAUUAGUUGCUGCUGUCAUCUUUGGUGUUUACUAUAGGAAAAAAGGGAAAGCAGUAACAGCUAAUUUGUGGCACUGGGUCAAUGAGGCUUGCGGCCGCCUAAGUGGAAAUAAGGAGUCCUCAGGCAACAAUUUUAGCAGCACUCAUGUGGAAGCCUCUAGUCAGCGUGAAAUUUGUGAAGGUGUCUUACUGCUGACUCUGGAAGAGAAGAUGUUUCCCGAAGAUAUGUGCUGUCCAGACGGCGUUGGCCUCUGUGGCGGUGUGUGCACAGGGGGUGGUCCCUGUGCACAGGGAGAAGACGCUGGAGUGCUCACCUUGGUCAGCGAGAUUGAGGGGGACCCCUUCAGGCAGAUGCCCACGGAAGACGAAUAUGUAGACAGGCCCUCCCAGACCCCAGACUCUUCACUGUCCCUCCCUCGGCCUGGCAGCAAAUCCACACCCCCUUUCCCUGAGCCCCUGGAGGUGGGGGAGAAUGACAGUUUAAGCCAGUGCUUCACUGGGACAGAGGGCUUGGUGGAUUCUGAAAGCUGCAAUUUCACGGAGCCCCCGUGCAGGACCGACUGGAUUCCCAUAGCCCCCGAAAAGUACUUGCAAAAAGAAGUGGAGGGUGGCAAUUGCCCCCACUGGGCCGCCAGCCCCAGCUCAGCAGAGGGCUGCGCAGGCUGCAGAAACCCUCCCGGGGAAGACCGGGAACCCCUCACGCCUACCGCGAAAAGUGGACCUUUGCCCCAGUGCGCCUAUGGCAUGGGCCCCCCGCCUGAAGAAGCAGCCGAGGGGACAGGCCAGCCCACGGACGGGGCCGACGUAAGGCUUCCCGGCUCGGUGAGGGGAGGCCCGGGGUCUGGAAGCCCCUCCAGUGACCAGCCACCUGCGUCUGGAAAUGUGACUGGAAACAGUAACUCCACGUUUAUUUCCAGCGGGCAGGUGAUGAACUUCAAGGGCGACAUCAUCGUGGUCUACGUCAGCCAGAACUCCCAGGAGGGCCCGGCGGGGCCCGGCGGNNNNCCGGUGCAGGAGGAGAGCGCGCCGCGCUGCGACUCGUUCGCGGGCCUCGGGCCGCGCUUCCCCGACCCGUGCGCUGACCUGGAGGCGCGCCCGGGCGGGGGGCUGCAGGAGUGCGGCUCCCCCGGGCCCGACAAGGCCUCGCGGCCGGUGCAGGAGCAGGGGGAGGCCGACAAGGGCGCGGCAAGGGCGCGGCGCUGAGCGGCGGGUGACUCGCGGCGGC